UGUUUCCACACAAAGCUGCGAAUCUUUCUCCAUCGCGCGCAUUGCUGCUCAUUACACCAGAUCUAGAAAAUUAUUUUGAUUGAACUAUUUGUACAAUAUCCUUCUUUUCUUGUCUCCUGCUCUUUACUCAUCGCUCGUUGAAAGGUUUCGUCGUAUUAUUAUUCGAAAAUGUCCCCGUCAUACCCGUCGCCGAAGGUCGGCAAUGCAUCUUCGUCAGCAAAGCAAAUCAAUAAAGAGUCUACUGCUGCCCGUUUCUUAGGAGCAGGAUGUGCUGGAAUUGCAGAGUUGAUGGUUUUCCAUCCAGUCGAUACAACGGCAAAACGAUUAAUGAGUAACCACGGUCGUAUCACCUCCGCCUCGCAGCUGAAUAGUGUCAUUUUCCGAGAGCAGGCAACCGCGUCGGUGCCGAAGCGCUUAUUGUCACUCUUUCCUGGUCUGGGCUACGCAGCCGCUUAUAAGGUCCUGCAGCGUGUGUACAAGUACGGCGGUCAGCCUUUUGCGCGAGAUUAUUUGGCCAGGAAUCAUGGAGACUGGUUUGAUCGCACAUUUGGACGAGGUACUGGCAAAGCUUUAAUGCAUGCAACUGCUGGUUCCCUGAUUGGCAUCGGCGAGAUUGUGCUGUUACCUCUAGACGUGCUUAAGAUUAAGAGGCAGACAAACCCAGAUGCGUUUAGGGGAAGAGGCGUGGUUAAGAUCAUUGCAGACGAGGGCUUCGGCUUGUAUCGAGGAUGGGGCUGGACCGCUGCUAGAAACGCACCGGGAUCAUUCGCACUUUUUGGUGGCUCAGCCGCGGCGAAGCAAUACCUCUACAAACUUCAGGACUAUAACGAAGCCACGUGGAUGCAGAACUUUAUUGCCUCGAUCGCCGGAGCAUCUGCCUCACUCGUCGUCUCUGCACCUCUUGAUGUUGUAAAAACACGCAUACAGAAUAGAAAUUUUGACGAUGCGAAAUCUGGAUUCAAGAUUGUUAGCGACAUGGCGAGAUAUGAGGGUGCGACUGCCUUUUUCAAAGGCUUGGUGCCGAAGCUGCUAAUGACAGGCCCCAAACUCGUCUUUUCUUUCUGGUUGGCGCAGACGCUUAUUCCCGCGUUCAACAAAUUACUAUAGAAGGACAUAUAGAGGGUCUGCAUGACGCAGGUGUUAGAAAUCGUGCACUAUACUCACAUUUUUCCGGGACAUGCUGGGCAAGUAGUCCUUCUUACAUCAAUGGCACGGCUUUUGAUUUAAAGUGAUCUUAUAGCUUAGGCUGUGAUUAUAGAGUAUAAGCCACUUUGUGAACAUCCCACCACUCCGAAAAAUGCAAACUGCCUUCAGAUUAAGCCUUUUUGA